AAAAAAUGUCAAAUUCGUCGUCGACAGUGACCGUACAUAGAUUUGCUAAAAUUCAUGAUUUAUUGAGUAAAACUUUAGCAUCAAAAAAAUCAUCAAAAACAAACAACAUAAAUAUCUGUUUGUCAAAACAAUCACCAUCAUCGUCAUUGUUAUAUGGUCUUCGUGAUAAAAUUAAACGUAAUGAAUUCAGUAAAGUGGAACAAAUAUUGGCUUCCAAACUUCAAUUCAUUAAUAAAACAAAUCAACUCCAAUAUGAUUCAUCCAUAGAUGAUGAUUUUAGUUUGAAUACAAUUACAACGGAAAAGGAUCCAAAGCAGCCAUUGUUUGAACAUGGUGAUAAAAUGUCAUUAUCGUCCAAUGAUUCGGAUAUUUAUGAUGAUGAUACUGAACGGAAACAAAAUGAUAUGGUAAAAAAUUUAGAAGAAAGAUAUUAUUUAGAAAAUAAAUGCCACGAAAUAUAUUUAGUUCGGCGACAAAUUACAAAUUUAUUGAAAGAAUUUUACAAAAACUGUCUGGCCAAACCAAAACAAAUGGGAAAAUAUUGUGACAAUCUAGUGCACGCUCAUAAAUGUCUUUUGAUUGCAGGUGAAGAACAAAAACUUAUUAAACGACAAAUCGAAAUGUUGAAAUCGAACAACAAUAAGUUCAAGAAUAAAAUUAAUAAAAACAACAAUUAUGACAAUAAUUUGCAGCAUAAUUUAUUCAAUCAGAAGCCAUGUAUCGCCAUUAAAAGUGUUUCAAUAAAACUUCGUGAACCUCGUUUUAGACAAAUAUUUCUUCGAGAUCAAACUGGAUGUUUUCUUAUAUGCUUAAUUGAACAUGAAUACCGUUUACGAGAAAAGCCGAUAAUAUUCAUAAAUGAAGUGGACGAUCAAUUCAAAGAUUCAAUUACGAUUGACAUCAAUGAGAUACUAGAUACUGAUAAAAAUGACUUUAAUGUCAUGAUAAAAUUCUUUUUCAUGUUCCAUCCAAUCGAUGUACGCCAUCAAUGUCGCCAUCCGAAACAUGAAAUUAAUUGGAAGAAAUUUAUUCCCAUCAGAGGAUUAAUGGCUAAAAUUAUGUGCACAAAUAGAAUUUUCCAUUGGAAAAAAAGGCAAUUAGAUCUGAAACAAAUUGAUGUAAUUUCAGUUGCUCAUUGCCUUGAUCAACAACCGAUGACCAGUAGUUUUACAUUGCUUGGACAGUUAAAACUUGAUCAUUCGAAUGUCCACCGACAAACAUUUCGAUUAGAACAAUUUAACCAUUGUUCCAUUUUUGACAGUGAAAUUAUUCUAGAUUCUGAAUUAUCUACUGACAAUAACAAUGAAUUCAUGUGAAACAACUAUCAUCAAUAUAAUUAAUUUGAUGGAUAAAAUGAUUUACAAAAAAAGCAAACACGCGCGCAUUUUCACACAAAUUCCAAUUCGAAUAUUGGUUGAUGUGAUGCCUCACGUAGACAACGUGAUGAAAUGAAAUGACCACUUUUUAUAAAGUAAACGUAAAAGGAAUUCAUGCAUGCUUGCUCAUCAUGCUGAAUCUGUCUUUCGAAUCAUUUCUUGAAUUUUGUCAAUUUACCAGAGAAGAAUUUAACUGAGGAUGAGGAGAAAAUUUUUUCAUUGAAAUUCGACUCCUUGAUGGAAACAUUUUUUUUCUCCAUACAAAAUAUAUAUAUGCAUUACAUAAAAUACAAUCUACAUUGUAAUUCUGGAUUUCGAAUGCACAAUUCCAAUUCAUUCGAGAGUCUUAUAGAAUUGAAAUCAAAUUAGCAAACGGACAACAUUCACCAUAUUACCCAUUCAACAUUAAUCUUGCAUGAAGAUGAUGGCAUUGUUUCAUAUGUGUAAUAUAAGGAAUUGAAUUGUUUAAAUAAAAACUGCCAGGCCGUGAACUUUUGAAUGGUCCCCCUCUUGUUCAUUCUCUAUCAAAUCCAGACAUUCUGUACAAUAAUAAUGAUAAUGAAUGGACAAAAAAAAAUUUCCAUUUAUAAAUUCUUUUGAAGUUCUCA